GCUCACCCUGCGGCCGCCGGCUGCAAAAGGGCAAAUCAGCCGCGGCAACCGGUGAGGAUCCAAACUCUACACCACCACCAGCAGCGCCGAUGCUCAUGCAGUAGCCUGCACGAUGAGGGAGCACGACCCGCUGCCGCAGCUCCCGCUCGCCCUCCAUCCACCGCAUCUGAUCCCUCCGGCGCCCACCCCCGACCACCGCGCUCUCUCGUUCCUUCCCGACUUCGGCGGCCUCCCCUGGGUCGCCUACGCCGCGGGCUCCCUCCUCGUCGUCUCCCACCUCCCCUCCCCUCCCCGUACCAGCGUAAGCGACACCGUGGAAGACGAAUCCCCAUUCUUCUGCCAAGUCAUCGACCUCCACACCCCCGUGUCCGCAGUCGCCUGGUGCGGCCGCGGGAGAGGCGAGCUCGCAGCCGCGUCCGGCAACUCCGUCUCCGUUUUCCAGCCCGCACCUUCCUCAGGUUCAUUCAGUUGGCUCCUGAGAUGGGUCAUCACCGAGAUGUUCACGGUCACCGCCAUCGCCUGGACGGGUUCCGGCGACGGCAUCGUGGUGGUCGGUGGUGGCGUUGCCAUGUGGGCCAGGGUGCAAUCCUCCUGGCAGCUUGCUUGGAGGUCCACACCACAGGUGCCGCAGUCCCUCGUCUCUGCUACCCACUUCGUCCACGCCCCUGUCGUGGCGGCGUCAGCUGCUGCUCCUGUGGAGGGCAAUGUGCCUGUCCUGGUAUUUCUGAAUGAUGCCAAAUUGGGUCUGGAGACUGCUGAGCUUCUGCAUCCUCAGCCUGUUUCCAUGAUCCAGUGGAGGCCUUUGACGUUAUCUGUCGGUGAUCCAUCUGAAGUGAGGAGAGAGAUCCUCAUGACCUGCUGCUUGGAUGGAACUGCUCGGCUAUGGACUGGGGCUGAGGUGACCAGGUCGAAGAAGCAGCCUACUUCCCGAAGAUCUUUCAGCGUCAUUGCAGUGAUUGAGUUGGACAACAUUCUAAAUGGAGUGCUUGGAGUUGACAUAUCUGUGAGAUGGGCAGUAGAAACUGGCAGUGUUGUAUCACGAGAUGAAGAAGCUAAGUUCAAGUUGUUUUCAGGUCAUUCCUGGCAGAACAAGGUUGGCAAAUGUGAGUGGCUGGUCAGUGUUGGCCCUGGGCGUUGUACCAAUUUUUGGGCUGCUCAUUGUCUUGAUGAUGUAUCUCCACCAAGGUACCCUCGGAUUACACUAUGGAAGCAGAGCGAACCACAGGCUUGGGAGGAAUCUGCUAUUAACCCAAAAUCUACAGUACAACCAAUUUUUGUUGAGACUGUAAUAUCACGAAGUAUAUGUUCUGGCCCACCCACAAGAUGCUCUUUGCUUCAUUUGCUGCCUGAUAAUUCAUUCAUUUGGUCUCGCCUGGCUUUUGGAUUAUCAUCAGAUUCUGGGAGUCAUGUUUCAAGCGAUUCUUCUAAGAGCAUCUCAUGCUGUUCAACCAAGACUAUUAAUCAAGUUGGACAUAAGGGUAGUAUCAUAGAGGUGUCUGUCCAUCCAUAUAGCUGCGAGAUAGAGCUAGCUGUUUCUAUGGAUUCUAGCAGAAUGCUAUUUGUAUGGUCUCUUUCAACCUUAUCAACUCUCAUAUCGACCUUGCAUGCACCCACUUAUCCUUCAUGGAAGCUCCUGUGCAAAUUUGAUCUGCAUGACAUUUCUUCAGAUGCGCAAUAUUCAUGUCUUUGUUGGGCUCCUUCAGUUUUCCAUGAUAACAGGUUUCUUGUCCUGGGAGGUGAAAAUGGAGCUGAUUUAGUUGUCGUCAGAAUUCCAAAUGGAGGUGUUGUUUCAUGUCACAAGAUGUUCACAGUUCCUUUCCUUGGAGGGAGCAAUGCAGAAGAACCACCUGAUAGCAUUCAUACCAUACCUUUAGCUUCUAACUGUAACAAGUCAUUUUUAAACAACAGUUUCCUAAUUGUGUGCGUAUGGAGGAAGAGCUUUCAAGUUUUAUCAUGGAAAGUAGUCCUGCAUUCAGAAAAUCAUCAUGAAGGAAGGGGGUGUUUAUGUGAAUUUUCUGCCAACUCACUUUCCACUGCAGAUCAAGGGAGACAUGUUACUUACGUCCAUGGUGAAAUGUUUGCAGCUGCUAUUUAUGAAGGUUCUACGGUUUUCCCUACUGUCGUGGAUGGAGAAUAUCCCACCUGCAUUUCGGUUAUGUCUCUGGACAAUACUGUAUUACCUCUACAACAGCAUGUACCUUUUGCAACUUCCCCAGGUUAUCAUAUUGCUACUGGGUACUCUGAUGGCACUGUGAAACUUUGGAAGAUGUCUGGUGCAGAUAACCCUUUGCAGACUGGGAGAUGGAGCAACAGCUGGGAGCUAGUUGGCAUGUUUGGUGCUCAUCCAGGACCAAUUAGUGCAAUUUCACUAUCCAGAUGUGGUAGAGUUGCUACUGUUGGCAGAAAUGUUCAGAAGAAUAAUACAUCCAUUCAUAUCUGGGAAGCAGUAAAACUCAUGGGAGAUGGGUGUUUUCUCCUGGAAGAUGCACUAAUGAUUCAAAGCGCUGUUGUUGGUUUAGAUUGGCUAUCUUUAGGCAAUGGUAGAUUUUUACUUGCGGUCUGUUUUCGUAAUAAGUUGCAUAUAUAUUCCCAUAAGCAUCCUUCCUUUCAAAAUGUGCUGCACACUGCAAAUUUGGAAGAGAAGCAUCUUUGGAGUUGUAUUGCAUUAGCUCAUUCUCAUCAUGAUGUUGCCAGCUUCUGCUGGGGGCCAAAGGCGUCAAUAGCGCUUGUUCAUAACAAUCAUCUUUCACUGUUCAGUUCAUGGUUAGUAAGAGGAGCAAAUGAACGUAUUACCCAGAAAGGCGUUUGUUCUGCCACAGAUGUGCAUGAUAAGUUGCCAUGUACUGUGCAUGUUAAUGAAACUAUCUUUGGUAAAUCUGGGCUAUCUGAAAAUUACAGCAACGCGGAGGCCACUGAGAACAAUAGCACGCUGUUACCAGGCCAACACAAUAGUCAUUGUUCUAAUGGUUUGUGGAGCUUGUUGGAUAUAUCUAGUAAUCUGAGUGGACCUUUGGCGCCAUAUCACCCAAGAGCACUUAUCCAUCAUCUUUAUUCAGGUGAAUGGAAACGUGCAGAUGGCAUUCUGCAGCAUCUUGUUGAAUCCAUGAAAGCAAGUACAACAUUAAACACCUUGUUGGACUGUAGUUCAUGCAGUAAAUCAUGCCAUAAUAUCCCUGAACUUCCUUUGUCGCGGUACUUUACGCAUACACCGUCAAGCGAUAUUUCUAGCAAAGGGUUACUGUGGGGUGAGAACGGAAGUAGCACAGCCUUCAACUUGCUGUCACCAUCAAAUUCAUUUUCUUACAUGACGAGUAAUUUAGGUAUCAAUACCACCACUAGUGCAUCUGAAAGGUCAGAGAUAAGUCAGCUCCUUGAUAAGAACUUUGGCAUGUUUGCAAUAAGUGACACUGAAAAAAUACAGAUACAUACAGUUUCUGAUCUUUUGGGUGAAAUUACUGAUCAGAACCGUGCUUCUCCCUAUAAAACCCUUGAUGAAGCAGGGCGAAGGUUCUGGAUUGCUGUGCAGUUCCAACGCCUAUAUGUGCUUAGGAGAUCUGGAGAUUCAUCUAGUGCUGAAGGGUGCCAUCUUGAUUCUGCUUCCAUUGCAUGGGCCUUCCAAUCUGAUUGUCAGGAUGAUCUACUUGAUUAUGUUCUUCCAGCAGAAUCAACUUGGUUAGAGAUGCAAAACCUUGGUAUGGGAUUAUGGUAUACGAAUGUGUCCCAGCUAAGGAUCAGGAUGGAGAAGUUGGCAAGGUUGCAGUAUCUUAAAAGCAAGGAUCCCAAGGAUUGUGCUCUGCUCUAUAUAGCAUUAAACAGAAUAAAAGUAUUAGUUGGCCUUUUCAAGGUCAGCAGAAAUGAGAAGGAUAAACGUCUGUAUGAGUUUCUCUGCAGGAACUUCCAGGAAGAAAAAAACAAAGCCGCUGCCCUUAAAAAUGCUUAUGUACUACUGGGAAGGCAUCAAUGGGAGCUUGCUAUAGCAUUUUUCCUGCUUGGAGGUGAUACUUCCUCUGCCAUCAAUGUUUGUGCGAAGAACCUUCAAGAUGAACAGCUUGCUAUGGUAGUUUGUCGGCUUGUUGAGGGAUCUGGAGGGCCCUUGGAGCGUAACCUCAUUUCAAAUGUGCUGCUCCCUGAUGCAGUUGAGAAAGGAGACCACUGGCUUUCAAGCCUGCUUGAAUGGAUGCUAGGGAACUACUCCCAGUCUGUCAGUAAAUUAUUUGGCUGCCAUCCCAAGUUACUGUUUGAUGAAUCCGACACUCAUGGUGGUCAGAAUGUGUUUGCAGACCCAGAAUUGGGUCAGUAUUGUGCAAUCCUAUCAACGAAAAAUAGUUUCAGAAACUGUGCUGGUGAAGCUCUAUCUGCAAAAUUAUCUAAGCUUUCAUUUGCACUGGCUGCAUGUGCCUUAAACAGAUGUGGACUACCUCUUGAAGCACUUGAAUGCCUAUCUAGUAAAUCAAGCAUAGUUGAGAAGGACGGCACCAGCUCACAACAUGGUGCAGAUGACAAGAUUCUUGAUGGAAUACUAAACCCUUUCAAUGCUUCUUCCAAUUGGCUUUCAUCAUCUGUCGUUAAUGAUGUUGAAUCAGAACUCAAAGUAACCAUGGCUUCAAAUUAUUUGUCACGCAUGCUGAGAAAUCACUUUCUCUGUGCACAUUGCGGCCUACCAUUAGCUAAAGAUAAGGUCCUUAAAGAGCACAAUAGCCAUGGCAUCGAGGAACUUGCGCAUGAUUUUAGUGCUGCAAUAUCCAUAUUUCAUAAAAGGUUCUCACUUCAGUUUUAUGAUGUAGCUGAGAAGAUCCUUACCUCCUGUUCCCAUGAUGGUUUAUUAUUUCUUGCACAUGUUCUGCUAUCAGUUUGUAGAUCACCAGAUGGUGGAACUAAUAGUCAUUGUCUUGAAGGUUGCGCUUCCCGUUCGAUUGACUAUCUGUUGUUGGUGUCAUGCAAGGAGAGUUUUAAAUUUCUUACUCGAUAUGUUGUCUCCUGCUGCUUCAUCUGUUCUGUUCUUAAUACAGACCUCACCAAUAUUACUGCAUGUACACCUUUGGAAAACAUGAAAUACAUUAUAGCAACUUUAUCACAUUAUCAGAGUACUAGCAGGCUACUCCUGAAACAUGACCUCAGUAGAACUUCUGCAUUGGACAAGACAUCAGCCAUAUCUACUGUUAUUGAUCUCCUUGAUUACAACAUAGGCUUUUCUGUUUCUUGGCUAUGCCAUGACAUAAAGGCAUUACUUAUCAUGAGCAAUCCAGUGUUAGGUGCUUCUGCGAAUGAUGAGUCAUGUCAAGUAUUAUUAGACCGAUUGAUGCAAGCUGCACACCAUAAAAGUCAUGGUAUAUCAAUUAACACAGAGGCGGUAAUGCCCAAUGGUUCAUUGGACAAGAGACAACCAGGAGGAAGCGAGGAUUCAAGUCUUUCAAUUGAUGAAAAGUGGCAUUUGAUAGGUGCUUCCUUGUGGAUUGGAUUGUCAUCCUUUAUGAAACAUCACUUAAAAGAGUUCAUUGGAAACGAGAAACUUGAAUGUGAAGCUUGUACAAGUGACGUGAAGGAAUUUAAGGGUCUUGCCUCUUCAGUUGCUGCAAAGUUUGUUAUUGAUUCCCUGCAAUUUGUGUCGUCUUCAUUAGUAAGACUCCAUGCAUCAUUUUUCAGAGAGAAAUUAUCAAAUAAUUUACAUCCGAGUGUGCUUUUCUGGUUAGAAUAUAUGUCGUCUCAGCCAAGGUCCAACAAGACUAGCCGUGAUCAGCUCACAUAUAUAGCUCAGGGCACAAACACUGAGAACAUGGAGGUGUUGUUUCAUGUUUUGUGGGAAAUAUCUGCUAACUCUCUGGAUAUAUGUGCAGCAUUUGUGAAUGAAGACGUGAAUUGCUUUCCGUUAAACAACACAAAGCUCAGUAGAUCUUGGAAGAAUAUGGUUGAAAGUACAAAAGUCGAGUGUGAAAACGAUUCUACUCAAAGUAAUGGAGGAGAAAAUAAAUGCAGUGUUAGCUCCAAGGACAAUGAGAAAGGGCGUGGAUUUGUUGACAAGGCUUCUUCUGAUGUGGAAACCUCUCUUGAACCUAAAAGGAAAUGCCUGAUCGAAGAAAAAGGCUUUCAAAGCCCAAAGGAACUUCUAAGGAGAAAUGGGGAACUUCUUGAGGCAAUAUGUCUCAACUCAACCAAUGAGCAACAUGCUGCUAUUGCUACCAACCGAAAGGGUCUUGUUUUUUUCAACUGGUAUGGUAAUCAACAGGACAAGAAAUCAGCAGAGUAUAUUUGGUCAGGAUCUGAGUGGCCAUCAGAUGGUUGGGCUUGUUCUGAAACUACACCUGCUGCAACUCUUAUUUCACCUAGUGUUGGUCCUGGCAGAAGAAGAGGAUCUCAUCUUGGCUCAGAUGGGGCAAAUAUUGGGGUAGGUUCUUUGGUGAAACCCGGAAGAGACUUAACUGGGGGUGGAGCAUUUGGAAUUCCAGGUUAUGCUGGUAUUGGGGCAUCAGGGUUUGGGUGGGGCGAACCCGAUGAAUUUGAGGAUUUUGUUGAUCCUCCAGCAACCCUUGAGAAUAUCCAUUCAAGAGCACUAUCACGCCAUCCCUCUUUGCCAUUGUUGCUAGUGGGGUCAAGCAAUACACAUGUGUAUUUAUGGGAGUUUGGUAAAGAUAGUGCAAGAGCUACAUAUGGUGUUCUCCCUGCUGCUAAUAUUCCACCACCUUAUGCACUUGCUUCCAUAUCGGCUGUUCAAUUUGAUUAUUAUGGGCAGCGGUUUGCAACUGCUGCAUUAGAUGGUACAAUUUGUACAUGGCAAGUUGAGGUGGGUGGAAGAAGCAAUGUCCAUCCUACAGAGUCAUCCUUGUGCUUUAACAGCCAUGCUUCUGAUGUUGCGUAUGUGGAUGCAAGCGGAUCUGUUCUUACUGCAGCUGGAUGCAAUUCAAAUGGCGCAAAUGUUGUUAUCUUGGAUAUGCUAGCUCCACCAGCCACUUGUCAAACUUCUAUUGUGUGUCAUGAAGGAGGAGCCCGUUCUCUUACUGUGUUCGACAACAACAUAGGCUGUGGAUCCAUCUCACCGCUGAUUGUAACUGGUGGGAAAAGUGGAGAUGUGGCAUUGCAUGAUUUCCGGUUCGUUUCUACUGGAAAGAGUAAGCAUCACAAAACUUCUGCUGGGGGUAGCUCCCGUGGGAUGAUUUGGCAUAUACCGAAGGCUCAUUUAGGGAGUGUCACCAGUCUAUCGACCAUUCCAGAUACCACCUUAUUCUUGACUGGAAGCAAAGAUGGAGAUGUAAAGCUUUGGGAUGCUAAAAAUUCCCAGCUAGUCUUUCAUUGGCCGAAGUUGCAUGAGCGGCACACUUUUUUUCAACCAACCUCCAGGGGCUUUGGUGGUGUUGUUAAGGCUGCUGUAACAGAUAUCCAUGUCUUGACUAAUGGUUUCGUUUCGUGUGGUGGCGAUGGUUCUGUGAAGCUUGUGCAGAUAAAGAAUGAGUUUGCCACAGUACAUCAGGACUAGAACAAGCAAGACAGGAGAUGUGUUGUUAUGCAUGGUUUGUCCUGGUGAAAGUGCUUGUUGAUUUAAUGUCGUGAUACAUUGUUUGUUUCAUGAGAUGCACAUCAACAUGAUGCCAUAAUUAAGUGGUGAGAAAAAUAUGAAUAGUUUAGUGGAAGCUAUAUGAACCUCAAGUAGUCCCCGGUUCCUCGUUACCUACCUGGCACAGGGCAAUUCUCAAGCUGUAUAUACCGUGGGUCACUUUGGUGUUUGUUUUCAGGCAAUUAUACUCUUUGUACUUUGCAUCACAUGUUGCAAGCAGAGUUUCUGUAUACCAGGGCAGCAGAGUUGUCUUGACUUAUUGACCAUGGUGAAUAUACUCUAUAAGGAAAGCACAACAGGAAGGGUGUAAAAUUGUGAAGUGUAGAGUGACAUCCAACUACAAAAUCUUCUCUUUGGUUGUCUGUUCGCCCAAUAUAGAAGUGCUGAAUUCUCUGCCCGAUUCAUGACAUAAAUCAAUGUGGCAACUGGACAUCAGGUUACUCUGUAUAUUUGUAUGGCUAAGAUAUUAAAAUCUUCUGUGUGUAAUUAUCAUAUGAUCUGACAUGUAGCUGAUCCAAUCAUUAUUGUUUAUUGUACCUGGUACUAUUUUCCAUCAUUCCCUCCUGCUGGUGUUCCAUAUAA